AUGUCGGCAUAUCGUCCAAGAGAAGAACUACCGCCACUGGGCGCACUGUGUCUUGAUUACACUGAUGAUAUCCACCGGCCGCCAGGCGAUCCGCUGAAUGAGCUGUCUUACCACUUUCCAGUGAUCCACGAAACAGUUAAGGAGGCCACUGUGUGGAACGUUGUCAGAAAAGACGAGUAUUCAGACGAGACACUACAAAACUACAUUGACGCCUGCAACCGCCUGAAGCAAAGAGGAGCUGUUGGGGUGAUCACCUCCUGCGGCUUCUUGGCUCAGGUGCAAAACCGUCUAGCUGCCGCGGUGGAGAUUCCGGUUGCAACCAGCAGUCUUAUCCAGGUGCCGUUUGUCUCCAUGGCGAUAGGCUCAGCAAAGCUUAUUGGAGUUUUGACUUUCGAUGCAGAAGUUCUAGGCAAAGCUCACUUUCGGGGUCUGGGGAUAGGCGAAGAGCUUCAGUCCAGAAUCGUCGUCAAGGGAUGUCCUGCUGGGGGAGUUUUACGAGGAAUGAUCAUAGAGGGAGACCCCUACGUUCACGAGGACCUGGAGAAAGAGAUGGUUCGUAUUGCAAAAGAGCUUGUUGAGGAUAAUCCGUCAAUUGGGGCGAUCGUUCUCGAAUGCACUCAGAUGCCACCAUUUGCACGUGCAGUUCAGAAAGCGAUAGGUUUGCCGGUCUAUGAUGCAAUCACAAUGAUCGACUGGUUUUACUCUGGCUUGGUGAGCAGAAUAAUUCCCGAAGAUGAAAGGAAGCAAGACGGGCUACGUAGAAGACGCAGAAGCACUAAAGAACUUAAGUAG